UUCUAGUUUAACAAGGGAAAGUUUCAAUUCCAAUAUCUAAGUUUAUAUUUUAACUAAGUAUUGCAAACUUAUAUAUACAUAUAUGUAUGUAUGUUUACAUUACAUAUUAUGCUUAUACAAAUAUAUAUCUUAAAUCUAGUAUUUUUCUUAAGUCAUCAUACUUGUGUUUACUUUUGAUAUUGUAUUCCUAAAAAUAAGAGUAAAACAAAAAACUACAACACAAUAGUGUAAAUUAAAUAAUCUCGUCUCAAUUUUAAACAAUAUGCAUACACACAUACAAUUUGUAUGAAGGUGUGCUAGUUUUACCUGAUUUACUUGCAACAUUAAUUUUGUUGAUUUUAUAUACAUAUAUGUAUGUAUAUAAAUCACGUAAUUAUUGUCACAAUAUAAUAAUAGUAAUAUACAUACAUACUUAUUUAUUAUAUUUAAAUACCUACACAUAUUGCAGUAUCAAACAAUCAGAGUAAAAUCUUACUUUUGAAUUAAGUGAUAUUUGUAUGUAUGCCAGUUUCUAUGAACAUAAUAUUAUUAUAUAUAAGCAAACAAUAUAUACAAAGCCAAGAAUUUAUUCAUCAAACUCAGAUUCCAGAUUUAGCAUAAUGCGGAGCCCAGAAUUAAUUACAGAAGAUGGAUGUUUUCAAUAUAAUAGCCUGCCAUUACAAAAUUGCAACUGUUGUCCAUAUGGAUAUCACAUAAAUUUGGAUUUUAUACAAUAUAUUGAAUCAAAAGCAGCAAAUUCAGAGCCAGCAUCUGAUGGUGAACUUUUACGACGUGAUAAAAGACGUUCACGAUUAUCGAGAGAAUUUAUGUUAGGAUUGGAUAAUCUUUAUAGUAUAAGAGAAACUCAUAGUAGCGCAGUUCAACCUGUUCCUGAGGCACAAUUUGAAAGUGAACCAGAAUCUCCAAGAUAUUAUAAUAAAUCGUUAUAUGAUGACAAUUUAUGGUUCGAUAGCACAACACAUAGUAGUAAUGAGUCACCACAUCAUUCAUUGACAUCAUCUUUAACAACAAAUAGUCCACCAGAGACAUCAGCAUUUUUACAUGAUGCAUUAGAUGAAGUGGUCAGUGACUUUGAGAAAACAUUAGAGAGAACAAAAUCAACUAGACGUAGUAGAAAUCAAAAUGAAAAUAAACGAAAUGGUUUUUGUAAUAAUUUAACAUUAGCAACAUGGGAUCAACAAUUAAAGGAAGAACAAUAUUCUGACGCAAUAGAUUCGUGUAUCAAUUCGAAAUUCUCGAAUGAUAAUGCAGCAUUAGAUGAUUCAUUAUCAUAUCUUUAUCAGAAACCCUAUGUUAAACACCAUUCCCCAAAUAAUAAUUAUAUGAAUAAUGCUUCACGACAACAUCUCACUGACAAUGCUAAAAGGAUACGGGAAUUAGAAGAGCAAGUAAAUGCCAUUCCAACUCUACAGAGAAAAUUGGAAAGUUUGCAAAAUGAAAAAUAUAACUUGCAAAUUCAAUUGCGCCGUGAAGAAGAAGAAAAGUUUAAAUUAAGAAAACAAUUGCAACAAUUACCACCAGAACCACCAGUACGAACAAGUUCAACAAAUGUAACAAAUGCAAUUCAUAAAACCAAUUCUCAAUUUACACCUCAACGAAUUAGUCCAGUUUCGUUAGAAAGUCUUGGUUCACGAAUUCGUACAAGUUCACAGUCAUCAUCUGAAAUAAGUCAACAAUCUUCGCAACAACAAAUACCAACACCGCCAUUAAGAAAAAUUCAAAAACGUGAUGCUUCCACAAUGUGCCAUCAACCAACACAAAGAGAUGUUGGAACAUCAAUUACACAUUCGAUGGCAACUCGAACUAUAGGAACUGAUCCAACCAUUAUUAUUGGUAUUAAAAAUGCACUCUAUACUAAACAAGAUGUUGAUAAUAUAAUUCAACGAGCUCUUAUUGAUCAUGAAGAAAGCAAGCAGAGAAUACGUCGUCGAACUCAAAUCACGGUUGGAACACAAAUGGUUCAAGCUCCAAAAACCGAACAAUGUAGUGUUUACAUACAAACUAGUCCUGAAAAGCCAGUGAUGAAAUUUACGCAAAGUUGUAUGGCCAAACCUAUACAACAUGAUCAAUUUGUUAUGUGUAAACCUGAUACUAGAUCAAUUGGUUGUUCAGAUCAUAAAACUAUUGAUAUUUUUUGUGACAAAUGUUGCUGUCCAAAGCGCACUGUUAGCUGUGGUCCUGAUGAAAAAGAAAGCAAACAGUAUUUGGCAAUGAAACAAAUGGAAAUGUUGGGUGCUCGAAGUUUAACAUUUACUUUAGGUGAAAACGAAAAAUUGAACAUAAAACGAAAAACAAUUGCAACUCAAUAUGAGAAACUGUCCAACGAUAUUGGAACUCAAAGUCAUAUUCAAUUAUCAUCAAUUGGUAUUCAAAAUUCACCACAAUUUCAUAAUAAAUCUUGUCAAUAUUCAGUUCUAAUGCAUAAUACUGCAAAACAAACUGAUACAAGAGAUUUAAUUCGUUUAAUUUCAUCUUAUACAAAUACAGACAUUAUAGAAGAAAAAACACCACCAAUAAUGAAUACGAGUGGGUGUAAUACUGAAUCAUUAGUCACAAAAGAAUUGGGAACAAAUACUGAUAUAGUAAGAACAAGAGAAAAUUGGAUGAAUACUAAAAUUUUAAGAACGCGAGAAAACGGAAUUAAUACUGAACGAAUGCGAACUCGUGAUAAUGAAACAAAUACACUUCCAGAUGUAUCAGCAAUUAAAAUAACUAAAAAUUCAUCUUCAAAUACUGAUGAUGUGCGUAAAAGAGAUAUUGCUUGCGGUGAUAUAAUUAAACCUCAUAUUCAUAUCGCGUGUGCUGAUAACUAUUGUGAUUCAUGUAAAGAUGCCAUUAAAAAUUUGGCUAAGGAAUUUUCAAAAGCAUUAACAUUAACUUCCGUGCCAUUAACACCAAUUGGAGGUGGUUCAUUGUCACCACCAUCAGAACAAUCAAAAAUUCCAAGACCAACUACACUACCUAGUCCUAAUUCGACAAGAAAGAAAAUUGUCAGACAGAAUACAUAUACAUUACCAUCUCCAGAAGAAAAACCAAGUGAAGCAAAAAGUGCUACACAAACUGCAAGUGAAGAACCAUUUCCAACCAGUCUGGAUUCUGUAAUCAAAACUACCAGAAUAACAAAGACAACCAUAGUAAAACGCAGAAACGCUGAUAAUGAUGGUAGUUCAUUAUCAAGCUCUCCAACAAAAAGUGAUUUCGCAAAAAUUGCCCAAGAAAUUAAAUCAAUUGAACCAGUAACAGCGUCACGUCUAAGUCAGUCACCAAUUCGAAAUAGAACAGGAGAAAUCAAUCAACCUUCUACAAGUUUUUCAGUGUCACAGGCUAGAAAGGAUUCUGAUAAACUAAUCGAUAACACAAAUAAGGAAAAAGACCGCUCAUCUAUUCCUGAGAAUAUUGAUAGUCAAAAAAAGGAAAUCAUUUCUAUUGGAGAGCCAUCGGUAUCUCAAUCAGUUUCAAAUAAGAAUGCUGACAUCUUUGAAAAAAAAUCUGAUAAAAGAAUAUAUCCCGAAACUAGUCGAGAAGCAACUUCAAGAGCCAUGCAAAAUAUAUUACUAAAUCAAAUAGCAACGGCCUCAGCAGAGCCAAGAGAAAAAGCCUCACCUUCUAAAGAAAUGAAAGCAGCCCUUAAAGUUAUUAAUGAUUCAUUACAAAAAUCAACUUCAAAAUCAAAUAAUCUUAAAAAUGCUAAUGCAAUAGUACAAAAGGAAUGGUUUAAAAUUUCUAGUGUCGACAAAGCGAAUCCUCUUAACGUUGAAGAUUAUUUAGAUUGUUUUGAAGAUUAUUCAAUGUUAUUGCUCAAAUACAUGGUAAAUUUAACUGAUGUAAAUGGCAAUACAGCAAUGCAUUAUGCGGUUUCCCACGGGAAUUUCGAUAUUGUAUCUAUAUUGCUGGAUUCUAAGGUUUGCAAUGUAAACCAAAUGAAUAACGCUGGAUAUACAUGUGUAAUGCUUGUCUCUUUAGCAAAAUUGAAAAACUCUGCCCAUCGAACAGUCGUUCAACGAUUAUUUCAGAUGGCUGAUGUUAAUAUAAGAGCUAAAAAGCAUUGCCAAACCGCACUAAUGUUAGCUGUUUCACAUGGCAACCUUGAUAUGGUUGAAAUGUUAUUAGAAGCUGGUGCUGAUAUCAAUAUUCAAGAUGAAGAUGGUAGUACUUCUUUGAUGUGUGCUGCAGAGCAUGGAAGAAUUGAUAUUGUUAAAUAUUUGUUAUCUCAAUCAGAUUGUGAUUCUUUAAUACAGGAUGUGGAUGGUAGUACAGCUUUUAAGAUAGCAUGGCAAGCUGGUCAUAGAGACAUUGGUCUUCUCCUAUAUGUGCAUGAACAAAUGUUGCGAAGUAAAAUGCCUAACCAAAAAUCACCCGUAACACCUCGACACAGCAGUAGUAGCAGUAACAAGCAACAACAACCACAACAGCCGCAAUCAUCGUCUCAACAACAACAGUCACAUCAACAGACCCAGUUAUCCGAUCGCCCACCUUCACCCUCAAAAUAGAAAUUAAUAAAAGAGCAAUUUAAUAUUUCAGAAUCUAAAAAUUAAAAAUGCUAUUUUCAAAAACUUAUUAAGCGUGUGUAGAGAAAUGAAAAAAAGGAAUAUUAACCUAUAAGAAUAAUAAGAAAAAAAAAAAAACAAUUUUAUUCUUAAUAUCAAAAAAAAAAUUAUUAGCAUUUACUUUUCGAAAACGUUUUGUAAAGAUAAAAGAAAAUAUUUUUGUUUUUCUUAAAGUAUCAAAAAAAAGAAUUCAGAAAAAAAUAAAAAAAAAACAUUCCAUAUCUUCGACAUAAUCAUUAAAGCAAAAAAAAAUUAAUGCUAAUCUGUAAAAGAUAUUGUAAAACUGACAAAAAUAUUGAUUAAGACCUUUUGAUUUAAUACAAUUAUUUAACAAAUUUUUCACAAAAAAUGUGUAAUAACUAAACUCAUACGUAUUAAUUAGUAAAUUACCAGUUUAAUUCUUAAAGUAGUUAAAGUACCACAAAAAAAAAAUUAGUUGAAAUCAAAUUGAUUUAGCAAACGUUUAAAAUUAAAAUAAAUUUAAAUAACGUAAAAUCAUUUGUGCUACAUAUUUUCUUAUAUUUCUUCUACAAAUUUUUUACAGCUUAUGAAGCAUUAAGCUUUAUUGUUAACUGUGUUACCAGUAUAAAGUUGCUAGAAAAGUAAAAAAGUAUAUAAAGUACACGUAGGGGUACUGGAAUAAAAAUUUUUUAAUGAUCUCUAAUUUAAAUUUUUUAUUAUAUAGAAGACCGAUUAAAAAUACAUUUGCAAAAUACCUAACUACUUUUAAUUACUUAAAGCUGGUAGCAAAUUUAUUAACCCUAUUUUAGAAAAUUUAUUUCUUUAACUUGAAAAUAAAAAAAAACAAAAUAGUGGUAUUGAAUAUUAUUUAGAAGUUUAAAUAUUUCUUAAACUUUAAUAUAUGAACAAUUUAAUUAGAAUUUGUAGAACCUAUAUUAUAUAGUUUAAUUGUAUGUUACAGGAUAAAUCUACAACUCUUCUAAUUAUAAUUCACAUUUGAAUACAUUAAAGUUUAUAUAGUAAUUUUUUUUUUGCAUUUUUCUAAAACAGAAAAAAAAAAUAAUUUUUUGAAUUAUGAAUUUUUUAAAUUGCAUAUAAUAUUGUUAACUAUAAGUACGCGUUAUAAUGUGAGAAACCAAAAAACCUCCAACAAAUAAUAUUUCUUUUUUAAUAGUCUUUACAUGAACGAAACAAAUCAAGUCAAUUAGCAUAAAAAAUGCAAAAUAAAAAUAGUUUUUUUUUUUUUCUUUGCGCUUUUGGUAGCUGAAAAUCGGUUUCAAAAAGUAUACUCUUCCAAUAGAGCAUUUUUUUUUGAUAAAAAUAUAUUUAAUAUCUUUUUUGCAUUAUAGUUUAAUUUUAACCCUCUUAUUAUUUUAAAACACAUUUAAAAUUUGUAUUAUAAUUUAUUUUAUAUAAAGAUUGUAAUAUUUUAAUGUACAUUAUAAUGUAAUAAUAUGUAAAAUAAUGUUCUAAUUAAAAAAUAUAAUACAGAUUUAAAUUCAUAUGAUUGCUAUUUUGUACUGAACAAAAUAGAAAACAAGAAAAUAUUAGACUGUGCCUUUAUAUUCUUAUAUAAAAUAUGUAAUAACUUAAAAAUAAAAUAUCAAAAUAAAGAAAAUUUAUUCGUGAAACUUUAAAAAUCAUAAAAGUGAUAUUUGUUCAAAAUCUAACAACGUUUAUAGAAAAUUUAAUUUUUCAUUAUCCUAAAACAUAAAAAGCUAUUAUUUGUUUUUGUACUUUUUAAUUUAGAUACUUAAGAUUUGAAAUUGAGAAAUAAAAAUAUACGCGAGAAUUAAUUUAUGUCAAAUAAAUAAUAAAUGUAUUUUACAUUCAUAAUACUUUUCGUAAUUUGUGGCAUUUAUGCGAAUUAAUAAUGGCCAAUGGCGAUACUAAAUAAAUUACCUGCUAGCGCUUUUUUACAAGGUGCUUAAUUUAUUAAAAGGUUUAAACUAAUUUAAACUAAAUUUAGAAAAGUCAACGUGCCUAUUAUGUAUGUAUAUAACUAAUUUUAAGCGAAAUUCGUUUUAAAAUUAUUCCAUUUUGAUAAGCAAUUUUCAAAUAUUUUAUUAAUUCUCAUCAUUUAUUUUUCACAAAAAUUCUAAACAAAACUAUAAUUGAACAGAUUCUUCAAAUUUUAAAUUAAAAAAUUUUAACUACGAAAACAAUUCAAGGAAAUUUAAUAUUUUAAAAAGAAAAUUCAUUAAAUAAUAAUCCCAAACAUUUUCGUUUGAAUAAUAGUGAAAUCAUAGUCUACACAUACACAAAUGUUUAUAAUAUUGUAAUUAUAUCUAUGUUAAUUAACAUAGUUCCACAAAAAACCUGUUUUAAAUUUGUUAAAGACAAAAUAAAAAUAUAUAUGUAUUAAAUGUCACAAUUUACUAAAUUAAAAAUAAUGUCACAACGUAAAACUAAUCAUAAACGAAAAUACAAUGUAAAUUAGCUAUAUAACACAAAAUGAAUUUAAACUUUUUUCAACGAUAUAACAAUGACAAUGGAAAUAAAGUUAAUAUAGAAAUUAAAAGUAAUUUAUAGAUACUUCAAAUUAACAAUUAAUUGUUAAAUAAAAAAAUAUAUAUAUAUACAUAUAUUUACAUACCUUGACAAAAAAAUAUUAAGGGUUCUAAAAGGAAACAACAAGAAACAAAAACACAAUGUUAGAAAAAGUAGAUUUUCAAAUUAGUUAAUUUUAAAUAUGUAGAAAGAAACAAAAAUACUUACAUAUAUAAAUUAUAUUUAAGUUAAAAGUAUGUUAAUUAGAGGAAAAAAUAAAAAUUGAAUUAA